AUGGAUCAUAGCGGGAUUCUGGCUGGCCUGAUACUGGCUACUUUUCUCCCUCAAGGAAGCUUCUUCAAGAUAGAAGUGACUGAACAUGAGGACCAAGUAUUUGUGAAUUGCAAUACCAGCAUUGACUAUGUAGAAGGAACGGUGGAAGCAUGGUUUGCAAAAAAUAAAACACUGAACUUGGGAAAAGGCAUCCUGGACCCACGAGGGAUGUAUAAGUGCAAUGGGACAGAGGAGCUGGCGAAGGAAGUGUCUACCAUACAAAUAUAUUACCGAAUGUGCCAGAACUGUGUGGAGCUGGACUCAGCUACUGUGGCUGGCGUCAUCAUCACCGACCUCAUUGCCACUCUGCUCCUGGCUUUGGGAGUCUACUGCUUUGCAGGGCAUGAGACUGGAAGGCUCUCUGGGGCUUCUAACAUUCAAGCCCUGUUGAAGAAUGAGCAGCUGUAUCAGCCUCUCCGAAAUCGUGACGAUACCCAGUACAGCAGUCUUGGAGGGAACUGGCCCCGGAACAAAUGA